AUGGGCCGACCACUCUCACAGUGCGCCCUCUGUCGAACUUUACCCCAGUCAGGCUCCAAGGGGCCCUGUACACAUGGAAGGGGAGAUUCACAGGGUUCUAAUCUUUCACAAACUUACUCCAGCCUGCAUCUCGAGGAAUCUACUUCCUCAUCUGAAACUGACGGCGAAUUCUCGGAGGGUGUUGAGGACGAAAUCUCUGAGGACGUAGGUCUUCAAGCAGAAUCGGAUAAGGAAAUUCUAGAAAGGGCAGACUUGUUCGCUCAACUCCCAUUUGCUCAAUCUGAAUCAUUGAGUGAUUUAAGCCGCACACUGAACAAUAUCGAACCCAACACCUCGCAGCCAGCCUGGAGACUUCGAGUACUCCGGGAAUUGAAGGCGUACUUCUCCUGCUUCUCGCCAUCGACGCCCCCCAUCCCGCCAGGGAAAACAAGGGUGACCUGGCAAUGUGUAUGCGGGGCAGAGCUUCACGACGACUACACCGAGCUCAGAACCGGCGCCGCAAGAGAGCUUGAAAGCUUUCUGAGACGUUCAUCACAUAGUCUCCGUAGAAAUCUGCAAUUUUCUUGGAAGGAAAACAUCAAACGAGUUGGAGGACUACUGAAAAUAACCUUGACCACGGGACAGAAGCUUGGAAUUGGGAGGGCAGCUCAAGCACCAGGGCUGGUUAACACCGAAUGUGCAACUCGCACUCCUGCCCACUCUGCAUCAGACGUUUCCUACCUCCUCAUAUGUCACAGUGCGGCAGCGGGGCAAGAGGUACUCAAACUUCGGCAGCUAGAUAUCUGUGAUAUCGACAGCGACAAGAAACUAUUUGAGUUUCUCAGUAAGGAGUACAGCAACAUUCGGAAACGAUGGUGGUCCUGGAUUUCAUUCUGGACACUUCAAAAUAUCAAGUUCGCUAGAUUUGAACUGUAUGAGAACGAAUUUGUGGACAUCAGAAAGCCGGAUGAAGUUCCUCCACCAAAUCGGGAUCACGAGUACCGGCAUGGACCUCCCAACCCACCGGAAUUACAACCACCACUUGGAUCAAACUUGCUCAUGCAUUCCUUUAUCCAUCCCGAAAAGAUUGGAUGCGGGAAGAGACGCCUAAGGCAAAUUCCACGAAGACUCAAAGAGAGGCUAUCACUCGCUGAGGAUGAUCAGGACAAUAUUGGCUGGGGCCUUCAAUUCGUCGAGGGUUGGAAUCGCAAAAGGCUUGUUGCGAUUGUCUCAACUGGGAUAGCGAGUUUGCUUAUCCCGAUUAUAUUCCCUGCCCUGGAUCAUAAUAUCCAGAAGGCCGCCGCUAUUUCGAGCUUUAUGCUGUCGUUAGUCACCCUCCGCAUCGCGGCCUUAAAUUCGUCUUAA